AUGGUAUUUUCAAUACUGGAUAUGGUAUUUGUAAUACUGGAUGUGGUACUUUUGAUACUGGAUGUGGUAUUUUUAAUACUGGAUGUGGGCGAGCAAGAUAUCGACAUCUCACCUCACCUACGCAAGAAUCCUUUUGUGCCAACGUUUCUUCCCACGCCGGGUAACGUUACCUUUAGUCGCGGCGAGGAGGCCAUCUUGCCUUGUGCUAUUGAAAACCGAGGUACUAGAACGAUCGUGUGGAGAAGGGCUUCAGAUCCCAACCCAUUGACCAUUGGCGAAGACACUUAUGUCAACGACCGUAGGUUUAAAGUGGUCCAUAGAAAGCAUUCACUGGAGUGGAACUUGCAUAUCCAGAACGUACAACCUAAUGACAGCGGGAUGUAUGAGUGCCAAGUGUCAGCCAGGAGACGAAAUAUACGGCAGAACAUCAUGCUCACUGUUGAAGAUGAAAAUUCACAGCAAAGUUCCAUUAAUACUUUAAAACCAAUAGGCACCAUUCUUCUUCUUUUUCUUCUUCAAAUCAGCAUCCACGGAACGAUAUUUGUUGAGCGAGGAGAUACUCUAAGGCUUGUGUGCAACGCAACAGGAAGUGAAUAUCCCCCAGACUCCAUUGACUGGUUCAAGGACGGAGAUAAAAUAAAAAAUAA